CUGGAGCGCGUGCCUCCACGUCAUCUUAAAGCUGAUUGGUCGGCGUCUUGACUACGGAACUCGGUGUGCUGCGUUUGGCUGCUAUGUUAGUGCUCAUAGAUAUGCUGUAAACAUGUGGUGAUUUUUGCAUAUUUCAUAGGCUAGCAACACAAUAAAGCAAUUGAAAACGUCUACAGCGUUUUCAAAAUGGAAGCAGAUGAUGCUGCCAAUGUGAGAAAUGAAGGUGUACUUCCUCAAAACCAAGAUCUGAAUGUUGUGGUGACGCCAGUUACUCAGAUUCUAUCUGACUAUGGCUGGUAUCUUUUGUUUCUCUGUGUGGGAGUCUAUCUCCUUAUCCAACAUCUCAAUAAGAAGCGAUACAUUCAGAAUCAGAGCCAAUCUGUCACAGUGGUGAACCAAGACCCUGUAUCUGUGGUGAGACGUCAGGAAGCCCUUGAGGCAUCAAGGCAGAGAAUGCAGGAAGAACUCAAUGCCAAAGCUGAAGAAUUUAAAGAGAGGCAAAAAAUGAUUGAGGAGGAGAAAAGAAAACAGAAAAUGCUUUACAAAGGAAAAGCAAAAGUUGCACAAAACACUGAAGAAGCCACUUCCUCCACCGUUUUGAAACCAAAGACAGAUAAAAAGCUCCGUAGCGGUGGAUACAAUCCUCUUGCAGGAGAUGGAGGAGGAACUUGCUCCUGGAGACCAGGCAGGAGAGGGCCUUCCGCUGGUGGAUGAGGUUAAAGGAGGGUCAGACUUAUCCUCUGACCCUUUGACAUAGGAACACACAAAUAGUAACUGAAUGAAGCUGUCUGCAGUCAUUAUAGAACAUAUGGUUAUUGUUUUUAUUUUCUCAUAGUAGGCUGGGAGCUCAAUGGCUUGGCUGGCACCCAAUACACACAAUUUGUUAUAAAACCAUGUGCUGUUAUAUUUUCUGUUGAGAACUUGUGGGGAGAAAUAGAAACACCAAACAAGUAGACUAUAUGACUGCAUUUCAAUCUAAAUUUAUUUUGGUGGUUAUUUAGACAGGGUUUACUGAGGUACCCCAUGUACUUGAUGAGACAGAAGAAUUAUAAACAGCCUGGGUGGCUUUUGCAACAACAUGGGUUAAUAGAGAAAUAGUUUUUCAUUUUUCUGUCAAAAUAUUUUUCAUGUAACCAUAAUAGAUCAGGAUUAUGAAUUAUCUUGAGGAAAAGUCAAACUGUUUUUCUUCUAAUAUUUCUUUUCUAUAUGCUUUAAGAAUUUGUCUAUAUAUGAUUGACAGCUUCUAAUGAUGCCUCCUCAUCAAAGGUAUUAAUACUUGUGGGGAAGGCUGAUGACUUUCAGUUAUGAAAGAUGUUCAUGUGUUUAACCCUUAACCUUUUAAAUGCUGUGCUAUAUAGACAUGCAGUCUAAAAAUGGCUGGGUUAUUAUUGACCCAUAAUAGGUAAAUAUUGGACAGAACACAUGCUGGGUUAAAAAUUACCCAAUGUUGGGUUAUUUUUAUGAUACCAUGGGGUAUAAUAACCCAGUUGUUGGGUUAAAACAACCCAGCAUUGGGUCAGUUUUAACCCAACGGUGUGUUCUGUCCAAUAUUUACCCAUUAUGGGUCAAACAUAACCCAGCCGUUUUUAGAGUGUGUAUAGUAAAAAAUACAAAGUGCUACAUUUAUAUAAUUUAAAGUGUUUGUAUUCUGUUACAAGUCAGUUUUACAACUAAUCAAAUCAUGCACUUAAAAGUAAUAUUGUACAUGGCAAGAGCUAUUUGAUGUUUUCUGAAUAAUUUGUGUAGAAAAUAAAGUUAAGGACUUCAAUCUA